AGAGCGAACGGAGUGAGAUGUGUCGGAUUCGGGAAUCGGGAUAAAAGAAAUGGAUGUGUUCGGUUAAAUCGGCGGCGGUGGUGAAGGGCUGCAAUCGUCACGGUGUUAGCUGCUGCUGUUCUUUCUGAUCAACGAUGAAGAAGGUGCGGCUCAAGUGGGUGAAGAACCGGGGGCUGGACCACAUCAUCGACCGGGACACCGACAUCAAGGCGGCGUGCCUCCUCAAGGACGCCAUCGGCCGCAGCCCAACGGGCGCCGUUCCAGCCCGUUCCCUCGCCCCGCUCCAGAAGCCCCUCGGCCUCACCGUCCCCGUCCUCCGCUUCCUCCGCCGCUACCCCACCCUCUUCCGCGAGUCCCCCCACCCCCGCUUCCCCUCUCUCCCGGCCUUCUCCCUCGCCCCCGCCGCCCUCCUCCUCGACCGCCUCGAGCGCUCCGCCCUCGCCGCAUCCCUCCCCGACGCCACCGACCGCCUCGCCCGGCUCCUUAUGAUGUCCCGCUCCCGCACCCUCCCCCUCUCUUCCCUCCUCCCCCUCCGCUACGACCUCGGCCUUCCCCUCGACUUCCCCUCCUCCCUCGGCCCCGCCCGCCCCGACCUCUUCCACCUCUGUCGCCGCCACCACGACGGCGUCCCUCUUCUUUCCCUCGCCGACUGGCCCGACCACCUCGCCGUCUCCACCCUCCAGCGUCGCCACCAAGCCUCCCUCUCCGACCCUUCCUACCGCGACUUCAAGAAGCCCCCCGAUUCCUCCUCCGCCCCUCUCGCCUUCCCCAUGCGCUUCCCCCGGGGCUACGGCUCCAUGAAGAAGGUCAAGGCCUGGAUGGAGGAGUUGCACCGCCUCCCCUACGUCUCCCCCUACGAGGACGCCUCCGGGAUCGACCCCGAUAGCGACCUCAUGGAGAAGCGAGUCGUCGGAGUCCUCCAUGAGCUGCUCAGCCACACCGUCCACAAGAAGACCAAGCGCAACUACCUGCGCUGCCUCCGCGAGGAGCUCGGCCUGCCCCACAAGUUCACACGCGUGUUCACCCGCUACCCGGGGAUCUUCUACCUGUCACUCAAGUGCAAGACCACCACGGUGGUCCUCCGGGAGGGGUAUGAGAAGGGGAAGUUGGUGGAAAACCAUCCGCUAGCGCGCAUCCGGGACAAGUUCUACUAUGUCAUGAGGACGGGGCUGCUCUACCGGGGCAAGGGCAUGACACAGCUGGUGCUGGAGGAGGAUGAUGUGAUAGGGGGCAAGGAGAAGCAAAUGAAGGAGGAUGUGAAGCUUGAAGAAGAUGACGAUGAUGAUGUUGAUGGAGAUCAUGAUGAUCGUGGUGAUGAGGAUGAAUGCUAUGAGCUGCAUGCAUCGGAUGAGGGAUCGGAAGCUGAUGAUGAUUGAAAUGAUGGCAUACGAUCUCCAAUAUAUUUCCUCUUUCGCACAGCAUGGCUAGCAGUGAAAAGAUUCCUUGAGGGGGGAUCAGUCUUCUUGAUGCGAAAUUGCAUUAGGACAAAUUUCGUUCACGCAUGAGGACAAUAUGCCCUGUGGUAAGCAGUGGUAUCCUUCAAGGGCCUACCUCUCAAGCAUUACCAUCAAGGCGCUUGCAUGAUUGCUAAUUCUGUUGCUAAAGAGUGUGUUUGAAGGAUGGCUUUUUGGGAAGAAACUUAUCUCUCUGGAUCCCUUGCCGGGAUGUUGAAUGUGUAUUUUCAAAAAUUUUCUAAUAGGGAUUCUGUCUUCUCUUGAUUACAAGUUGUCAGCUUUUUGUUAAUCCUCUGCAUUCCAGUCUUAGAAUUGAUCUUGCUAUGAGUCGGUGUCUAAGUGUCAAAAUAUAUCAGUGGUUUACAAGUAAAUGCAUUAUAGCCUCUCUGCUUGAACUGAUAUAAAACAAAAUAGAUUUUGUUUCCAGGAAUUAACUUGUCUACUGAAUGUCUUUAGAAUGACAUCUAAAGUUCAACA